AUGUGUCAUGACACCCCCGACUGGGUUAGCGUGCUUUCGACAGUUUUACUCGGUUUACGCACCCACGUACGUUUAGACACCGGCGCUUCGCCAGCGGAAUUCAUUUAUAGUACAACCUUGCGCGUGCCAGGUGAAUUUUUCUUACACGACGACUUCACUUCUGAACCACAAAUCUUUGUUGAAGAUUUCCGUCAAUACAUGCGUCAAUUGAAACCCAUUCCUGUAACACACCAUACUAAAAAACGCCCAUUUCGCUUUAAGGACUUAUACUCAUUUACUCACGUGUUCUUGCGCUGCGACGCGGUCAAAAGACCCCUUGAACGACCGUAUACCAGCCCAUUCAAAGUUCUAAAACAAGACUCCGAUCAAGUCUUUACGCUUGAAAUCCACGGCAAACCUCAGUCGGUUUCCGUCGAAAGGCUCAAGCCUGCACACUUCUUAUGUGACAAUACUAGCGUACCUGUUGUAGAGGACACUCCGCAAUCUACCGAUGUAUAUAAAACACUACCAAAGGCUUAUUCUGGUCCAAGGAAACAAAUAGCUUUUAAGUUAUCAUAA